ACCCGCUGCCUCCGCGGCCUUUACGUAACGAUGCUCGAGCCCGUGAGCUGAUGGCCGCGCUCGUCUGGUGGCUGGCGGCCUGCUGCCUGGUGCGCGCCGUCGCCGCCGGCAACCCCGACGCCAAGCGUCUCUACGAUGACCUUCUUUCUAACUAUAACAAACUCGUGCGCCCCGUCGUCAACACCACCGACGUCCUUCGCGUCUGCAUUAAGCUCAAACUCAGUCAGCUCAUCGAUGUCAACUUGAAGAAUCAAAUUAUGACAACAAACCUGUGGGUGGAGCAGUCGUGGUACGAUUACAAGCUGCGUUGGGAGCCGCGGGAGUACGGCGGUGUGCAUAUGCUGCACGUGCCCUCCGACCACAUAUGGCGACCGGACAUCGUGCUUUAUAACAAUGCCGACGGCAACUUCGAGGUAACGUUGGCGACCAAGGCAACCAUCUAUCACCAAGGGCUGGUCGAAUGGAAACCGCCUGCUAUUUACAAGUCUUCCUGCGAAAUAGAUGUGGAAUAUUUUCCCUUCGACGAGCAAACAUGCGUUCUUAAGUUCGGUAGCUGGACGUACGACGGAUUCAAGGUGGACUUGAGGCACAUGGAUGAGCAGGCUGGGAGCAACGUGGUGUCCGUCGGUGUAGACCUCUCGGAGUUCUACAUGUCAGUCGAAUGGGACAUACUGGAGGUGCCCGCUGUCAGAAACGAGAAGUUCUACACGUGCUGCGAUGAGCCUUACCUGGACAUCACCUUCAAUAUAACGAUGCGAAGAAAAACUCUAUUCUACACCGUCAACAUUAUCAUACCCUGCAUGGGUAUCUCCUUUCUCACAGUACUAACUUUUUACUUGCCUUCGGACAGCGGCGAAAAGGUAACGCUUUCCAUCUCGAUUCUCAUCAGUCUCCACGUGUUCUUCCUACUGGUGGUGGAAAUCAUUCCACCGACGUCACUCGUCGUUCCUCUCCUUGGAAAGUAUCUUAUUUUCGCGAUGAUAUUAGUUUCUAUAAGCAUAUGCGUCACAGUUGUGGUACUAAACGUCCAUUUCCGAUCGCCACAGACCCACAGAAUGGCUCCGUGGGUGAAACGCGUUUUCAUACACAUCCUACCACGGCUACUGUUUAUGAAACGACCACAGUAUAAGUUCGACACAACGAGAUCGCGCUUCACGACAUGCGGAGUAGUAGUACGCUGCGGCGGUGCAGCUCGGCCGCUGUAUCCGUACCGGCUGGCGGCCGCAGAUGACGACUGCUGCGCUCCCGGUGCGUGGCCGCCACCCGCCGCACCAACACGCCCCCUCACUCGCACGCCCAGCAAGGAGGACCUCACACACACGACUUAUGUGCAAUCAGGAUUGGGUGAAAGCAAUCGUUUCGGAGGUAGCUGCGUGGUGCAUGGCUCCAGCGAGGGCGGCGCGCUGGCCGCGCCCGAGGAGGAGGCGCUGAGCCCCGUGCCCGAACCGCCGCCCGGCUUCAGUCACUCGGCCUGCCCCCCAGAGGUGCAUCGAACAUGCUUUUGCGUUCGUUUCAUCGCUGAGCACACGAGGAUGCUUGAAGACUCGACUAAGGUUAAAGAAGAUUGGAAAUACGUGGCUAUGGUGCUUGAUCGUUUAUUCCUAUGGAUAUUCACACUGGCCGUCCUAGUCGGUACGGCUGGCAUCAUCCUGCAGGCGCCCACACUCUACGAUGACCGGGUACCAAUAGAUAAGCACUUCAAUCAAAUCGCCACAUCGUCCUUAGUCCGGUGUCCGCCGCCUUCGUAAUGGAAUCCAGUCGCUACAAAUGAUCUUAUACUGUAAUUUGUUUGUAAUAAGAUGGAAUAAUAUUUGAUGGUAUAAACUAUACCUACGUGCCUAUUGUUGAUAGACAUCAGCGUAUCGUGCUCAAUGUCAUUGAGUAAGUUAUUUAUUUUUCCUUUUUAUUGUGUAUUUCGUAAAGUUAUACAUGUUUAGGUUAAACGUAAAAGUAAAAUACUCAAACGGUUUGCUUGCACAGCAAACAAAUUACAGUCAUAAACGUUGACGGUCACCGCAGCAACGGACCUUAACGCACACCCGUCCUGCCCGGCACUUGUUCUAUUCCACGACACGUAUUUUACUCUAGGAUAUGUGUAGUAGUUCUCUUCUAUCUUCUAUCUUACUUCCGUAGUACCAUAAUGUCAUAUUUAAUAGUCGAGUAGUAUUAUAUAAAUUAACUUACGCCCUUGCAUCAAACAAUGAGUUAUUUAAUUUGUUCACAAUCUAUCCGAUCAUAUCGUAGCAGGCUUUACAGUGACUAUUUGAUUUUAUAAAAACAUUAAAAUAAAAUUUCAAAUUAAAAUAUUCAAGUUUUAUUUUUAGACAUUUGAAUUUUAAUGUAAUAAUGAAAGAUUAAUGUUUUAAAGACGCUCGUUUAAGUAAAUAGCUUGUAGAAAUCGAAUUCAAUGUGCUUAUAAUAGCGUAUUAUUAGAAUAUAUUAUAUGUCCUUGAAAUACUUGUUUGCUAAAAUAGUACUCGUAAAAUAAAGCUACGUCAUUGUUAUAUUUAAGGAAAAAGCGAAAACCACCAAAUGAAUAUUGUCUGUGUUCAAAAACAUAUAAAUAGGUCAUAUCAUAGCAGUAGUCGUCAUAACACUUUCGACAUUUAGGAUCUUUAAACAUCACCUGAAAUGUCAAAUCACUCUCAAUAUAUUUAUUAUUUUAUAUUCACUUCUUAAUGCUUAUCGUCUAGAUUAAGAAAAUACGUGUUAUACCUUUACUGUUAUAUAAUAUUGCAUUGAGUACGUAAUGUCUUCAACUCUUCUGCAGUAUCAACUUACUAUCUUUGUCGUAGAAUAGAACAUGUACAUUGAAAACUUAAAUAUAUCGAUUUUAUUACUUAUAAGAGAAAUAUGAAGUCAAAAAAUCACACUU